AUGACCGCCUUUAACGUCAAAGAUCUGGCUGCGCGUGCUGCCCAGCGCCUCGCGGAACACCGCCAAAAGAGCGAGGCCCGCGGCAGCACUUUCAGCACGGAGCCACUGCCAAUGGACCGUGUCUCGAGUCUGGACACCAAUUCAAUGAGAACCAUGUCACAUAGCGAAGAUGAACACCGCCACAAGUCGAAGAUGAGUCGGCUUGUGCAGAAGGUUCGAGGGCGGUUCUCGAAGCGUCUUGCGAAGAGGGAGGUAAUCGACGAACCCUGCGCAUGCUGCUUGGAUAUCAUGCCUGCGGAGUGCCUGAUCAGCAUGCCGUGUCAGCACAAGUACUGCAGCAGAUGCUUGAAGAAGUUGGUGUUCACAGUUAUGCCGGAGGAAGGACUGUUCCCACCCAGAUGCUGCAAGCAGAAGAUCCCGACAGAGGUCAUCCUCCCCGUGCUGACACCGAAGGAGAGGACGGUCUAUUUUGCCAAGGUGCAGGAGUAUGCGACCCCAGCCAGAGAACGCUGGUACUGUCCUGCGCCGACGUGCGGCCGGUUCAUCCCACCGAAGCAUCUGAACAGCAAGCUCUCGUCCCAAAGCUGCCCAUACUGCAGCACGACGUUCUGCUCUGGCUGCAGAUGCCCGGAGUACAAUAAUAGUACUUCGACUGGGAAGAAAGAUCCGGGCUUUAUGGCCGUCUUCGAAGAUCCGCGACUCGGCAAAGCACAGAGGGGUCUCAAAUGUGGCUCUUUGGUGGACCUCUUGUUCAAUUGUGAUCACGUUACGUGUCGGUGCAAGGCACAAGUCUGUAACCUCUGUCGCAAUCCAUGGCUAUCGUGCACUUGCGCCAAACCAGGUCAACGUCCCAUCGACUUCCUCACCUUCAUCAUCGGCCACAGCGGCGUGAACAAAGACCAGGAGGCCGAACUCGCCGCAGUGGUGGCUGCUAUCCUAUGCAACGAAAGGUUGCGGGAUGAAGAAUUGGCAAAGACCCAAAGCGGCAUGAAGGAAAAGGCGGGAGGCGCGAACACAAGUCGGGCAAGUCUGCUGAUACCACAGCAGGCGACUCGGGCUAGGAGGGUUUCCUAG